AUGGAGACCUACUGCCCAGUACCGGCUUUGCUGGGCAAGCUUCCUGCUGUCACCUAUCUGGAGUUCUGUGGGUCAUAUGCGGAGAGCCCUCACCGCCCUCCACUGGCCUUCGGCUUUGUGUCUCUCGCCCUUCCCGAAGUGGACGAGGGCCUGACUCAAAAGCAGCAGGCAGACCACAGCGCACGGCCUCCGGAGCCCCUGGGACGGCCUCCCCGUUACCAGGCCUCGGUCCCGGCGCCCAACUCCACACUGGCUGUGUGGCUGACCUGGCUGAGGGACUCUCCGCGCACGGCCCGCUCGCCUGAGCCUGCGGCGCCCGCGUCCGCCCCGGCCCCCGCCCCAGCCCGGGUCCCACGCCCGCCCCGCCCCCACCGGGCGACGGCGCCUCCGCGCCUUGCAGCCCUCAGCCUCCGCGGGGUCCAGGGCAGGGAAGAUCCCCAAGACUCCGGCCUGGACACCCUCAGCCAACCUGGAACCCGGGCGGCCUGUGUCCCGAAGGGUCACCUUCCUCGCCACGAGCCAAGCCCUGCGCCCACCACUGGCCCAGAAUCCCUGGGGUGGAGAGACUGGAAGGGAGAAGACCCCGGCAGAGCCGCCAGCGGGUUCGCCCUCGGGCCGGGAGGUGGGCGCAGCCGCGCCUGGCGGUGGCACCUCGGCGUUUGGCGAGGCGAUCUCGCGCCUGGACUUUGCCUGAAGGGGCGCUUCUGCAAAGCCGUGGUCCUGCGCCCCGAGGAGCAGCUGGCCGCGCCCCGCCCCGCCCGGCACGUGACUUCCCGGACCAAUCGGCGCCUGCGGGCCGCGAGCAGGGCCCAGCUCUGGCCCCGGGCUGUGGACUCGCGGGCGCUCGGCGCAGUGGCCGCCAGAGGCUCCGCCGCCCCGCAGCUCCCGGAGCGCCCAGGGGCACCCGCCCGCCCGCUUUCCUGGAAGCUCCUGGCCCAGGAGCGCGGCUGCAGCGCCGGCAAGGAGCCGCCCGGCCCUCGGCGUUGGAGCCAGACCUGCAGGCCGCGUCCACGACGCGGUGACCCGGACGCCUGCGCUCGGCCACCUCGCUCCUGCGGCCGCCUGUGCAUGCUCCGGAUUUACGGCCCGGGGGAGGCGCCUUCCCGCGCCGCCGUCGGGAACCAGCAGACACUGGGAUUUUCCCGCGUGAAGGACAGCCGGGUCUCUCGCUUGACGCUGGAUUUAAGACUCACCCAUUUUUGAGCGAUCCAACCCUCCCACCUGGACUGGGACCUCCGUGCCGAGGCCGCCGCUCGCCCCCAGCCAGCCGCCCGCCCGCCCGCCCGCGGCGAUGUACCAGAGCCUGGCCAUGGCAGCCAACCACGGCCCCCCGCCCGGGGCCUACGAGGCGGGCGGCCCGGGCGCCUUCAUGCACGGC